AAAGGAAGGCGACGCGCGAGGAGGAAGUGUUGAUCGGAGCGCAGAAAGCUGAAGUAUCUGUCCAACUCCUGAGGUAACGACUUCCACUUUAUGCUCUUAUCCAGCUUUGGGACUUUAAUGUGAAUGUUUCCCAUGAGUCUGUAAAAUCCUGGAAGAGAACCGUUUGUCGGCCUGUCUUUGGUUUGCGUGCGCCACCGAAUCUGCGGAAGAAUGGAGUGGUACGUCCUGGCGUUGAUGCUGAGCCUGCCGCCCUCUGUCCACACGGACUGCUCGUCUCAGUGCCAGAGAUGCGCCGAACAAAUGCUGCGCCCCGAGGCCGCGCUCAGCAGUCUGUCGUGCAGCGCGGAGUGUGACGAGGAGGAGCUGGAGAGCUGCGCUCCGGCUCCGCGGCUGGCCGACUUCACCGAGGACCAGGCGGCGGAGGCGGAGGAGACCCAGCAGGCAGAGCUGGUCAAGCGCUACGGCGGCUUCAUCAAGAGGAUCGACAAGAACAAGAACAAAGUGUUCGUCUCCUCCCCGUGGCGCGACAACUCCGUCCUGAAGGCCGCGGCUCUGCCCGAGAACUACGAGGAGCUUCUGAAGCGGCUGGAGGUGAGAGGCGCGCCCGCCGCGCAGGAGCCCGUCCCGCACGCUUACGUGAAGCGCUACGGAGGCUUUUUACGCAAGUUCGGCCCCAAGUCAAAAAGGAGGAGUCCCGCGGAGGAGGAAAGCCAGGAGCCCGAGGAGCUCCAGAAGCGCUACGGGGGCUUCAUGCGGAGGGUCCGGCCGAAACUCAAUAACCUGAAAUGGGACAAACGCUACGGAGGCUACCUGCGGCGCCACUUCAAGUUCUCCGUCCGCUCUGCGGAGGAGCCCUACUCCUCCUCCUCCUCCUCUUCCUCAGCGGAGCUCAGCCUAUAGGGGCCCCUGGAAGAACUCACACCGGUGACUUGUCAGAAACCAUCUCCUGCUCAUUCCCGGCCGAUUCCACUCAUCUGUCACCGUCUGUUCGCCAAUAAACCAUGUCUGUUCAUAAGGGUCCCGUUUAGGCCGGUUACGUCCCUGCUUGUCCCAGUUCGAAUCACUUAUAGCGCACGGUUUGAGCAGCUCCCCCUCUAGACUUGCUGGAAGUUUGGCCAAGAUGAGAACAUGAUCAGAGGAACUAGAUAGCAGAACAGCCAGAGUUUAGAUCGGCUCCGUCUGAAACCGGUGAGCAUCCAAACGGAUCGUUUAUUUAUGUGUUUAUUUAUUCUGAAAUUAAACUCUUCAAAUACAAUAAGUAGGAAAAUUUGCUGUGGUGCCAAACUCUUAAAAAAAAUCUAACAUUUUUAAGGAAUUCUCCUAGUCCACGCAGUUUACCUUAAUGGGGGAUUCCUCCUGUAAUUUCAGAUAAUAAUAAUAAAAAAUCAAUUAAUUGAAAAUCUUACACGUCAUAUAAUAAAGGUGAACCAUUUGUAUUCUUUUUACCAAGCAGAGUUCUUGCGCCACCUCAUGGGGAAAACAGCGUAACGUUUGCUCCAUCUCGGACAACCCGGAGCAGGUUGCCAUGGCUACACCAGAUGAAUGAAAUCACUGAAGUGUUUCUGACUCCUGUAACCGUUUGUUUGCCAAAAUGCUUUAAAACUAUGUUCAAGACUUCCAGCUGACAAAAAGUUGUAAAAAAGUAAUAAAGUGACAGAAGAUUAAAAAAAAAAAAAUCUUUUGUU